AUGUUUAUUGGCGGCCUCAACUGGGAGACUACUGAUCAGUCCCUUCGAGACUAUUUCUCGCAGUUUGGCGAGGUCGUUGAGUGCACAGUCAUGCGCGACAGCAGCACUGGCCGGUCAAGAGGUUUCGGUUUCCUCACUUUUAGAGACCCCAAGACCGUGAACAUUGUCAUGGUCAAGGAGCAUUUCUUGGAUGGCAAAAUUGUAUAUUCACUCCAAAUUGAUCUUGGCCUUGAAGUCAUGCUUACAAAAAACCAGAUCGACCCGAAGCGUGCUAUUCCCCGCGACGAGCAAGAGAAGACUAGCAAGAUUUUCGUUGGCGGUGUAAGCCAGGAGACCACCGAUCAAGAGUUCAAGGACUACUUCCAGCAAUUCGGUCGCGUGGUUGAUGCCACGUUGAUGAUGGAUAAGGACACGGGUCGACCCCGUGGGUUUGGAUUCGUUACUUUUGAAAGCGAAGCUGGCGUGGAGGCCUGUUUGAGCACAAGUCUCGAGAUUCAUGGCAAGCCGAUUGAGGUCAAGAAGGCCCAGCCGCGAGGCAAUCUCCGGGAGGAGGAAGAGGCUGCCCGCCGCGGCGGAGGCAAGUUCCGCAAGGGAGACGACGCCGCUAGUCAGGGCGGCAUGGGAGGCGGCCAGAUGGGCGCUGCCGGUGGCAUGACGCCGCAAGUCAUGGCUCAAUAUUUCCAAAGGAUGCAGCAGUAUUUUGCCAUGAUGCAGCAGCAGAUGGCCAUGAGCCGCGGCAUGGGACCGAUGAACCCGGCCAUGAUGCAGCAAAUGAUGCAGAUGCAGCAAAUGCAGCAAAUGCAAAACCAGAUGAUGGGUCGCGGUGGCGGCGGCAAUGGACAGAACAUGAUGGGCCAGAUGACGCCACAGAUGAUGCAGCAGAUGCAGCAAAUGCAACAGCAGAUGCAGCAACAGAUGGGACAGCAGAUGGGACAGCAGGGUGGACCUCCUGCAGGACCCAGUGGCAGCUUCAGCCCCCAACAGCAGAUGUUCGACCCGUCUCAAGGAGGUCAAGCGCAGCAGCAAGGACCGCGACGGGGCGGCAGCACUGGCAGCGGUGGUGGGCGUGAUCAGUACAACAACAACAACAACCAGCAGGCAGCCUACAACAUGGGCGGUGGAGGCGCUCCGACAUCUUGGGAGGGUAUGUACGACGACGUGCCCCAGCCCAACAUGAACCCUGGGGGCGGUCGUGGAGGUGGCUUCAACCGUGGAAAUCGGGGCGCACACCAGGGAUCGCCAGACCCUGCGCAUGCCCCGCCUGCCAACGCGCCUACGGGCCCCAAGAACGCGGGCAAGCCAGGCGCCAACUACCGCGGAGGCGGACGCAGCAGCAACCGCGGUUUCCAUCCUUACUCGCGUUAG